AACAAGCAUACCAAUGAUCAUCCAACAGCGAAACCAGGCGGACUUGUUUUUGUGGAAGGAGAAACAAGAGGAGGAAGAAGAAGAAGGGCGCUCGCUACUCUAGGAAGUAAAAGGGGAAAGAUAUGUGUGUGAAUCAACAAUGAACACAACACUCUCACACAUAAAAUAUGGCUGAUCUCUCGCUCUCUCUCCCUCCCUCUGAAAUCCCCACAACACACAAUGCGGCACGAUGAAAGAGGGACGGGAAGAGAGUUUACCGUGCAGGAAAAUCUAUGAGAUUCUUCGGCUCUCCAUGGUGCGAGUCUGGAAAAGAGGGCGCUGCGUUAGUUUUUAGUUGAAGGAAAGGAAGAGAUACACUUAACGAUGGGUGUCGUGGAGAGGAGCCGGGAAGUGAUGGCAGUCAUGGCGCUGCACGAAGCGCUGCGGAAUGUGUGUAUCAGCUCAGAUUGGACUUACUCUGUCUUCUGGACCAUCCGUCCCCGACCGAGGUUGCGAGGCGGACUUGGAUGCAAAGCCGGGGACGAAGGGAGCCUGAUGCUCAUGUGGGAGGACGGAUACUGCCGUCCAGCAGGCUGCUGCUCCGGCGACGCAGCCGCUGACAACAAGAACGAGGUGACCACCACCACCACUCCACCACUCGCCGGCAGCAUUCACCGGGUUCACAGCGGCUUCAAUCUGGGAGACGAUGUGGAGGAGGAGGACCCUGUAAGGAAAGCGUUCAGAAAGAUGUCAAUCCAGCUCUACAACUAUGGAGAAGGAUUGAUGGGAAAAGUUGCCUCAGACAAAUGCCACAAGUGGGUGUUCCGGGAGUCUUCCGAGACGGAGGUCGGCCCGCUCAACUACUGGCAAAGCUCCUUCGAUUCGCAUCCACCCGAAUGGAUGGACCAAUUCUCGGCUGGCAUUCAGACCAUAGCUGUGAUCCAAGCUGGGCACGGACUUCUCCAACUAGGAUCCUGCAAGAUCGUUGCCGAGGACCUCCACUUCGUGCUACGGAUGAGAUACACAUUUGAGUCGCUGGAGAACCAGGCCGGAGGAGGAUUUCUCUCCCAGACGUUUGCUCCCAUGAGGAACCGGUUCUUCUGCGGGUCUCCAACUGGAGCAGCAGCACCAGCGUCGGCUCUUCCCUCUCCCGGAUGGCAGAACAAUCAAGCCGCCUUCUUUCACACGCCUGCUGCUUCGUCUGACUUCCGGCUCAGACUUGGCGUCGCAUGCGAUCCAGUGAUUCAGCCUGCUGCAAGUGACGAUCCCAGCAUAGCUUCCCUGAGGUUGUCACUCCAAAACGGCACCAGCACUUUCGACUUUCGAAAUGGUACUGUUGUCGACCAAGAUGGAGAUACCGUCGUAGCAGCGGGAACCGGUCAGGCAUUCGCAGGAAUGAAGAGACCCGCUGGUUCGACAGGUGGCGACGUAGCAGCAUCUCCGAGAGGUAACCUUCUGGCCAGAAGAAUGCAGUACCAGAACACUAAGGUUGCCACCACGGUCGCCACCACAAACAGUCCGUCCACCAGCUUUCAGGAACUCCUCCAAACCGGGAGCAGCAAUAACAACUUUGCCUUCCAUGCGCCACGUCACGAGCACGAUACGAGUCUCAUGGUUCAGAUCCCCCCGGUUAUAUCAUCCGCCUCGCACAACUCUCCAAUGGUAAGUCCCAUGAUCAGUCCAGGCGGUAGUAACAAACUUCAAAAGACUGGAAAUGGCAGUAGCAGCAGCAGCGUGAUCCAAGCCGCUCUUCAGGACGCACUGGAGAGAGCCGCUAGAGGCAACAGCAGCGCUUGCAGCUCUCCACUUUCUGUCCGCCUUUCCAAACUGGCAGCAGAACAGUCUCAGCAGUACGGUAGUGGUACCACCAUCGCUGGCAGUCAAUCUGGCGCACCGAAGCCUUUAACCUCAGAAGCUCCUGCUACCACUGCUAGUGCCGCUGCUACUCCUGCUGCCACACCUCCACAGCAGCACUCGCAUUUCCCACGAAGUCGCCCCGGCACGCCUGCGAGCAAGGAUAAUUACCACUCGAUGAAUAAUAACAAUGCUAAUGCUUGCCUUGCUGUUGAUCACUCUUCAGCCAUGCUUGUCACUAAUAAUGGCGGCGAAAGCAACCAUGGCAACGUCAAGCACAGCCAGACGGAGCAGCGCCCGCUACAUAUUCCAGCAGCCACUUCGACUUGGGAGAAUCUCAAGGAGAGCUGCCUGGACCUCCCAAGAAGAGCACCACCACCACCACCACCAACUUCAGGAGAUGUAUAUCCUGAGUUUAUGGAAAGUUUCUUUGAGUAACUUUAAAAGUAAAGUGACUGCCGCGCUUCUCGAGCAAAGUUGCUGCCGCUGGCAAGUAAAA